UUUUAUUUCUUCAGUUCCAUCUAACUUUUAAUAGCAAUGACUGAUCGAAGUAUUGUAGAAUACUUUUCUGGGCAUGAGGGGUACCGGUGUGGUUAUUGCAAAUCAGAAAAUACUUGCUAUUCUCAUGGAAUGUGGGCUCAUACCUUAAGUGCUUUAGACUACCAAAAUCUGAUUGACAGAGGAUGGCGUAGGAGUGGGAAAUAUUGCUACAAACCAACUAUGCAUAUAACUUGCUGUCCUCAGUAUACUAUCAGAUGCGAGGCAAAGAAAUUCACCCUCUCUCGUUCUCAGAAAAAGGUCCUAAAAAAAGUUCACAAGUUUUUACAAUUUGGAGAUCAAAAUAAGGUACAAUAUGAAUUAUUAACUUAG